AUGGCCCGAAACUCUCGCCGCGGUUCCAAGUACAAAGCAGACGCCAACCAUGAUGGUGAUUUUGGCUGCACGCUCCAAGAGCUUCGGUCGCUCAUGGAACUCAGAGGCCCAGAAGGAUUACAAAGAAUCCAGGAGUGUUAUGGAGAUGUCCAAGGAAUUUGCUCCAGGUUAAAAUCAUCACCCACAGAUGGGCUGAGCAUAAAUGCUGAUGACCUUGCAAAAAGAAGAGAAGAAUUUGGAAAAAAUUUCAUACCUCCGAAGAAGCCAAAAACAUUCCUUCAGUUAGUGUGGGAAGCAUUGCAAGAUGUGACACUAAUUAUUCUAGAAGUUGCAGCCAUGAUAUCCUUAGGCCUUUCCUUCUAUAGACCUCCAGAUGCUGAAAGAGAAAACUGUGGAAGAGCUGCAGGAGGAGUGGAGGAUGAGGGUGAAGCGGAGACGGGAUGGAUAGAGGGUGCUGCUAUCCUUUUAUCUGUCGUCUGCGUAGUGCUCGUCACUGCCUUUAAUGACUGGAGUAAAGAAAAGCAGUUUCGUGGCUUGCAGAAUCGCAUUGAACAGGAGCAGAAGUUCAUAGUGGUACGAGGAGGCCAAGUCAUCCAGAUUCCUGUGGUUGAGAUUGUUGUUGGAGACAUCGCUCAAGUAAAAUAUGGUGACCUCCUUCCUGCUGACGGCAUUCUAAUCCAAGGAAAUGAUCUUAAAAUUGACGAGAGCUCCCUCACAGGAGAGUCGGACCAUGUCAGAAAGUCACUGGACAAAGAUCCCAUGCUACUCUCAGGCACUCAUGUUAUGGAGGGAUCAGGAAGGAUGUUGGUCACCGCAGUGGGCUUGAAUUCUCAGACUGGUAUCAUCUUUACCCUCCUUGGUGCAGGAGAGGAUGAAGGAGAGGAUGAAAAAGAAAAGGAGAGGAAAAAAAAGGAAAAAGAGUGGCAAAAGGAGGACAAAAAAGAAAAGGACAAAAAAAGUAAGCAAACAGACAAACCGCAAGAUGUAUUGGACAAAUACAAGGAUAAAGAUGGAGUUGGUGCUGAAGGGCAGCUUCUCAGCAGUGAGGAUGGGGAAGUGGUUGAGGAGAAAAAGAAACCCAGUCUGCCAAAGAAAGAAAAAUCUGUACUUCAAGGGAAGCUCACCAAACUAGCUGUGCAAAUUGGAAAAGCAGGUCUUUUUAUGUCAGCCAGCACAGUAAUCAUCUUGGUAGUACUGUUUUUGGUGGACACUUUUGUCAUCCAAGGGCUUCCCUGGACUAAAGAGUGCACCCCAGUCUAUAUCCAGUUCUUUGUCAAGUUCUUCAUCAUUGGCGUUACUGUGUUGGUCGUUGCUGUGCCUGAGGGACUUCCUCUUGCUGUCACUAUCUCCUUGGCGUACUCUGUCAAAAAAAUGAUGAAUGAUAACAAUUUGGUCAGACACUUGGAUGCAUGUGAGACAAUGGGCAAUGCCACUGCCAUCUGCUCUGAUAAGACGGGCACGUUAACCAUGAACAGAAUGACUGUGGUGCAGGUGUAUAUAGGAGAUAGACACUACAGGAGGGUGCCUGAACCCGAUCUCAUUCAAAGCAAGAUCUUGGACCUGCUGAUCAUUGGCAUUAGUGUUAACUGUGCAUAUACUACCAAGAUCAUGCCACCUGCGAAGGAAGGUGGACUACCUCGUCAGGUGGGGAACAAAACUGAAUGUGCCUUGCUGGGGUUUACUCUUGACCUAGGCAGAGACUAUCAAAUCAUCCGCAAAGAAUAUCCAGAAGAGAGGCAUUUCAAAGUAUAUACCUUCAACUCCGUGAGAAAAUCCAUGAGUACGGUGUUGAAAAAUUUUGAUGGAAGUUACCGAAUGUUCAGCAAAGGAGCCUCUGAAAUUCUCCUGAAGAAAUGUUGUAAAAUCUUAACAGCUAGUGGUGAUGCCAAGGUCUUCAAGCCCAGAGAUCGAGAGAACCUACUGAAUAAUGUGAUUGAACCCAUGGCUUUAGAGGGUUUGAGGACAAUCUGCCUGGCCUACAGGGACUUUCCUGCAUCAGAUGGGGAACCAGACUGGGACAAUGAGGCCAACAUUCUCGCAGGCCUCACCUGCAUCUGUGUCGUGGGCAUUGAAGAUCCAGUACGGCCAGAGGUCCCUGAUGCCAUUAAGAAAUGUCAGCGGGCAGGAAUCACGGUACGUAUGGUUACAGGGGACAACAUUAACACUGCCCGUGCUAUUGCCAGUAAGUGUGGCAUCCUCCAUCCUGGAGAUGACUUCCUGUGCCUUGAUGGCAAAGAAUUCAACAGGCGAAUACGCAAUGAACUAGGAGAGAUUGAACAAGAACGUAUUGACAAGAUUUGGCCUAAACUGCGGGUGCUGGCGAGAUCCUCUCCAACUGAUAAGCAUACAUUAGUAAAGGGUAUAAUUGAUAGCACUGCUGUAGAGCAAAGACAAGUAGUAGCUGUAACAGGAGAUGGAACAAAUGAUGGCCCUGCCUUGAAGAAAGCUGAUGUUGGCUUUGCCAUGGGCAUUGCUGGAACAGAUGUGGCCAAAGAGGCUUCAGACAUCAUCUUGACGGAUGACAACUUCACCAGUAUAGUGAAAGCUGUCAUGUGGGGGCGAAAUGUCUAUGACAGCAUCUCAAAGUUCCUGCAAUUUCAACUGACAGUCAAUGUAGUGGCUGUAGUUGUGGCAUUCACUGGUGCCUGCAUCACACAGGACUCUCCACUAAAAGCAGUCCAGAUGUUGUGGGUAAAUCUGAUCAUGGACACGUUUGCAUCACUGGCUCUGGCCACUGAGCCACCCACUGAGGCUUUACUUCUGAGGAAACCCUAUGGUCGCAACAAACCCCUCAUCUCCAGAACAAUGAUGAAAAACAUUUUGGGUCAUGCUGUAUACCAACUCACUAUCAUCUUUACUCUGUUGUUUGCUGGUGAGAAGAUCUUUGAUAUUGACAGUGGCAGGAAUGCUCCUUUACACACCCCUCCUUCAGAACAUUACACAAUUGUCUUCAACACUUUUGUCAUGAUGCAACUCUUCAAUGAGUUCAACGCUCGCAAGAUCCACGGCGAGAGGAAUGUUUUUGAUGGUAUCUUCAACAACCCAAUCUUCUGUUCCAUUGUUUUUGGCACAUUUGUUGUUCAGGUUGCGGUUGUCCAGUUUGGUGGAAAACCCUUCAGCUGUGUAGGACUUAGUAUUGAACAGUGGCUUUGGUGUGUCCUCCUUGGCUUUGGAUGCCUUAUCUGGGGUCAGCUGAUAACCACCAUUCCCACAAGUCGGCUGAAGUUCCUGAAGACUGCUGGCCAUGGUACCCAGAAAGAAGAAAUCCCAGAGGAGGAACUGGAGGAGAUGGAGGCCCUGGAUGAGAUUGACCAUGCUGAGAUGGAAUUGAGGAGAGGGCAGGUCCUCUGGUGUCGGGGCCUCAACCGAAUACAGACACAAAUCCGUGUGGUGAAUGCUUUCCGGGAAGCCAUGUCCCGUUAUGAAGGCUUGGAGACUCCAGAAUCACGAAGUUCCAUUCACAACUUCAUGACCCACCCAGAGUUCCACAUCGAAGACUCUGAGCUGGCCAUCCCCCUAAUUGAUGAACUGGAGCCUGAGGAAGAUGGGCCAACAAAACGCACUUUUGUACCGUCGGCCAUUCCUUCUGGCAUAUCUUCACCUUCCCAGAACAAUAAUUCUGCCAACAGCAGAACACAUCACUACAAGGACUUGACAAAAACUGCCAAGAGUCAAACCCCUGGUAGUCCCAUGCACAGUCUGGAGACGUCACUGUGA